AUACUCUAGUGUAGAAUAUUGUCUCCUGAAUACAUUUUUCAUGUUAUAAGGAUACCUGAAACAAAUCGGAGCGUCGAGAACCGACUCAACCCAACCCAGCCCGGCAAAUGUGCUGAUUACCUGUCAGAGUAAUAGUUGCGUAAAACUUAAUAUCAGAUCCAUUUUUGAAAAUGUUUGCAUGCGUACUUUUUAUGAGCCUUUAUUUAUUAGCCACCCCAGGAGUGGCUUAUGAAUGGUUAACAGCACCCGAAAAGUUAAGUAACAGCAUCGCCAGGUUGUUUUACACGGAACGUAGCGAUGAAUCGCAGCGUAUAAUCAAUGUUAAGGUAGAAAUUGUGAAGUACACGGAGCAAUUCCCAAAUAAACAGUGUCUCUUCGAUAUAGUAAGCCGCUCAAACGUUGCUGCAAUGAAGAUUGAAUCAUUUAGACGACUCACUGAUAAUCUAAUUGUGCUCUCUUGGUACGAUGAGAUGGAAUAUAAUCGUAGCCGCCAAACCAGAAUUGAAGUAUUGAACAUGGAAGAUUGUGUUAGAAUUGACCUUAAUUUGGAGGUCGAAAAUGCUAUCAUUGUUCCAUCAACUGAUAGUUUGAACAUAUUCUUUCGAGAUUCUAAAAAUCUUUGUCUGUCUAAGGAUAAUAGCGACAGAUACUUUUAUCGCUGCUGGUACAGCUAUUCUUCAGAUGACGUUAUCAAUACCCGUAUACCAAAAAUAAAAAUGGAAUUUAAAGUUAAUUUCGAUUGGUCAAGCAUACACAUCGAACGAUUGCCAUCCCGAAAUUUUGUUGUGCGGGGGCUUCAAGGCCAAUUUUAUCAUGUAGCGAAAAUGAGCUAUUAUAGCGGUAAAUUGCAUUAUCUGAUGUCAAUUCCAAGCGCCGAUCGGAAAUUACAAAUGGUUUCCUCGGGGUUGACGUUUUGCUGGUUUCACAGUUCUAAUAAUGACAGAAGAAUGUAUUGCGAUCAGUUUAAUAACCGAAACGUGAUGGUUUAUUCGACUGAAGCAUUGUUCAGCGAACCCAUGAUAAUUAAGUAUGUACAAUCUGAUUAUGAAGGACAGAUUAGCAGCUUGGUUACUAAAGUUGACUGCAUAAAUAUAAAAGAUUGCUGGACAUUUACGCGGAAGAAUUUUUAUCACGAAGAUAAUAGAUCCACACAAGAUACGGCUGUGAUCAACUGUAAAUCACCAAAUAGAAAUAACUGGGUAUUUUUUGGGUUUAUGGAAGAGACUACUGAAGUAAGUAAUGCAGUUAUAUGUACUCGGUCUGGGGAUGUAUUAGGUACUGAAUCUGAUAUCUGGAGUGAUAAUGACAUAAGUUAAGUCACUUAUAUUGUAUAUGAAAUUGCCCACCACUAUAGCUAAUAUGAAAAAAACUAAUAUGAAAACGGCCUGAGAUUUUUGUAUAUCUAAAUGAAAUA